AUGGUGUUGAAUAUAUGGAUUUAUCAGGGGAAGGGGGUUGAUGGGGUUCCAGGGAUUGAGAUGGGUUACAGGGAUCGGGAUGGGAUUCUAGGAGUCGGAUGGGCCUUCUCUUCUCUGAGCAGCAGCAGCAGCAGCAGCAGCAGCAGAAGAAAAUCCAUUCGUAAACCAUCAGCUCUCACCUUUAUCAACAAUGGCGAUGCUAUCUCGGGCUUUUCGACUCGUUACAAGAGGUGGAGCUCCUCCUCCGCCUUCUCCUUUGUGGCCGACAAUGUCACCACCAACUUCGUUAACUUGUCUCUCACCGAUUUGGAGUGUUUGGACGAUAUGCAACACCAACCGGCGGAUUUCGACCAAACCUACCAGAAGAUGUUGGUGCACAAAACCAUGUUGGAGAAUUCAGUGAAGAUGGCUUCCGAAGUGGCCAUAUCCGGUAACAUGGUGGCUGAAAUCAAGGCCCAGGACCAAGAUACUGGCAGUUUUCCCUAUGUCAUCCCGCUCACCGCAGUCAUAGAGCACUACGCCAAUGCCGGAAGAACCAAUGAUGCUUUCAAAGUGUUCUUGUACAUGUUAGAAACCGGGGUGAACCCUAAGGAAUACACCUAUACUGUAACCAUCAAGGCACUUGCUGCUUGCUCCCCAAGCAACCUCAAUUUCUCCUUUUUCAUUGAGUUUGCGAAGAAGUACAUCGUGGAGAUGUUGGACAAGGGAUUGCGGCCUACUCCCGGGACCUACUUUGCCUUGGUUGAGAGAAUUGAUGAGGGCAGAGACAGGGAGGAGUUUGUGGAGCUGGUUAAAGCUAAGGGGUUCAUGCCAACAGAAGCUGAUUUUCGUCAAAGGAAGGUGCUUGAAGAUGCAACCAAGAACACCAGUGACAAGGAAAUGCAACAAAUGGAGAAGGGCAUACUGCCCGACGUGGUCAUCCACACUGUCGUGAUUGAGGCCUACGCCAAUGCUGGGAAGGCUGAGGGUGCUCUCAAGGCUUACAAGCACAUGUUGGCCAAUGGGAUCAAACCCAAUUUAUAUACUUACAGCAUUCUCAUCCAGGCACUGGCUGCUGACCCGGAUUUCAUUCAGGAUGCCAGGAAAUACUUUCUUGAGAUGAUGGAUAACGGAACAUGGCCCAAUGACGAUACUCUCAAAGCCGUGACCAAGGGAGCUGAUUCAGAGGACAAUGAGUACAUGGAGUUUGCUAAGGCAGUGAGCGCUAGGGGGUCACAAAUCUGCUACAAGAAUACUGGCAAAGAAGAAGAAGACCUGGAAGACAUACAAGAAAUCUUACACAGGUUAGAAUGUGAGAUCCCCGUUAAGGCUGAAACAUACAAUAUGGUCAUCAAGAGACUCGCUUUCCAGAAACCAGACCCCGUUGCCGUUAAGUAUGCCAAGAAGUACUUUCUGCAAAUGCUUGACAAAGGAAUGGAGCCUGAUUCCCCUGCCUACACCUACGUGAUGGAGGCCAUUGCCUGCCAGUUGGACGAUAAGGAGAAGGUGGUGGCGGAGGGCAGGGAGUUUGUGAAGCAAAUUAAACAUAAGGGGUUUGAUCUUGAAAAUCAAAAGUACUUUGAAUACCACAAACACCUUGAAGAGGCAUUCGAUGCAUAUAGGAUGUCCAACUAUGCCACCAAAACAACUGAUGAGGAGAUGCGAAAAACCUUCUUCAGGAAACAUAUAAUGGAUAUGGUCGAAGGUAUGGUAGAUGACGGCUUUAAGGAUGAGGUCAAGGAGCUCUUUGAGCUGUUCUUUGACACAGGCGUACUACCCGCCAUUGUCACCCACACCGCUGUCAUUGAAGCCUAUGCAACUGCCGGCAAGAUUAAGGGUGCUCUUGAGGCCUAUCAACGCAUGUCGGCGGUUGGGGUUAUGCCGAACUGCUACACUUAUAGUGUCUUCAUCAAGGCACUUGCUACUGACCCCAACUUCUUUGGGGAUGCCAAGAAGUACUUGCUGGAUAUGAUGGAGAAGGGGAUGCAUCCCAAUGCUGCUACCUACACCGCAGUUUUUGAGGGCUUCGCGAGGCAAGGGGACAGGGCGUUAGAGGACGGGAGUGAGUUUUUACGGGUAAUGAAAAGCAAGGGAUUUGUGCCGGACGAGGAGGCCGUGGGUGAGGUUCUGAAGGGACGAACUGGAGAAGGGGUUAGCUGCGUCAUGAACAUUCUGUUUGGCAGUAUAACUUGUAGUGAAACCGAAAUUCAUGCAUGUCAUAGUACCGAAUAUUGUUAA